AUGGAAGCUGAGCGAAAUAUUAUUGGAACGAUCCUUGAGGAACCUGUUGAGAUUGGCGAAGCGUUUGAAGUUGUGCUACCUGAAUUUGAGGACCAAGAGACACUUCUGGAAGGUAAAUUUACUUGGGCACUCACAGACUGGUACGCUCUGACCGAGCCUAAGUACUAUUCUCCAAGAGUACAGAUUGGAGACUUCCAAUGGGAUGUUUUGCUAUUCCCAUUCGGAAAUCACAAUAAGGGGAUUGCUUUUUAUUUGGCACCUCAUCCAUCUGAUGUUACAGAUGGAGAAGGAGAUCAGUCGCGUCCACCAAACCCAGAUUGGCAUUGCUGUGCACAAUUUGCAAUUGCCAUUUCAAGGCCUAAGGACGACGCACACACUUUUUACAGCAAUAAGUCUCAUCACAGGUUCAACAGUGGGGACACCGACUGGGGAUUUGCCAAUUACAUAGACUUAAACGCCCUAAAGUACCCUUCUAAGGUAGCUCCUAAAUCGUAUCUGAAUGAGGGCUGUCUGAAUGUUACCGUAUACGUCAGGAUCCUUAAGGAUCCUACAGGUGUAUUAUGGCAUAACUUUAUGAAUUAUGAUUCCAAAAAAGUGACAGGAUACGUUGGAUUUAAAAAUCAGGGUGCAACUUGCUAUUUGAACUCUUUGCUGCAGUCCUACUUCUUCACCAAAUAUUUCAGAAGGUUAGUGUAUGAGAUACCUACUGAUAUGGACAGUCCUAACAAUAGUGUUCCCUUGGCCCUCCAAAGGGCGUUUUACCAGCUACAGGUGUCGAAUGAGCCACUCGACACCUUGGAACUGACACGAUCUUUUGGCUGGGACAAUGGCGAUGCAUUCACACAGCACGACGUACAAGAGCUGAACAGAAUAUUGAUGGAUCGAUUGGAAAAUAGAAUGAAGGAAACUCCAGUGGAAGGGAAGUUGAAUGAGCUUUUCGUCGGAAAGAUGAAAAGUUAUAUCAAAUGUAUCAAUGUUGAUUAUGAGUCUUCUAGAGUGGAAGACUUUUGGGACUUACAAUUAAAUGUCAAGAAUCUGAAGGGACUUGAGGAAUCUUUUUCGAAUUAUAUUGAAAUUGAGCUGAUGAAUGGCGAGAACCAAUAUGCAGCACAGGACUACGGACUACAAGAUGCUGAGAAGGGGGUAAUUUUUGAAUCUUUCCCGCCGGUCCUUCAUUUGCAACUUAAAAGAUUUGAGUACGACUUCAACUACGACCAGUUAAUCAAAAUUAAUGAUCGGUACGAGUUUCCGGAAACAAUCGAUGUUUCACCCUAUAUCGAAAAGGGUAGCGAGCAAUUGAGUAACAAAGAAGCCUGUAUUUAUAACCUACACGGUGUGCUGGUACACGCAGGGGAUAUAUCAACAGGUCAUUAUUAUACCAUGAUUAGGCCUGGGGUUAGUGAUGAAUGGUAUAGGUUUGACGACGACAAAGUGUGGAGAGUGACGAAGAAGCAAGCGUUUGACGAAAAUUUUGGACUGGAUAGAUUGAUUGACGAUCAGAUCCGCAAUAUGACGAGAGAGCAAUAUCAGGAUUACAUAUUAGCUCGUCAUACAAGUGCUUACAUGCUGGUCUACCUACGCAAAGACAAAGAACAGGAGCUCCUACAGCCUGUUUCGGACGCAGAUGUCCCAGCCCAUAUUCUUGAGCGGGUCGGUAAAGAGAUAGAGGAGAAACAGCAACAUGAAAAGGAGGGGAGAGAGGCACACUUGUACUGUACCAUAAGAGUUCAUACAAUAAAGAACUUCAUUCAUUAUGAGGGACUUGACACGUUCCCAAAUGAAAACUUCAAGUUUUCAUAUGAAGAUCGUAAUGAUGGAAGAGAACAACCUUUAACCAUUAAGGUUGAAAAAUCUAUCAAUGUGAACGACCUGUGUGAUGAUAUUAAGAACGAACUGGGAAUUCCAGUAGAUCGCGAUGUAAGGUUUUGGAAAAUGGCUUCGCGUCAAAACAACACUAUCAGGGUCGCUGAACCUCUCGCUUCACCUGAUAAAAAUAUUAGGCUAGAGGAAACUUUGGAACAGAAUGUUGAAGAAUCCUUUUCAUACUUUGAUCUUUUUGUCGAGGAGCCUUACUUGGAACUAGAAUUUUUGAACCAGCUCAAAAAAACUACUAAGUCUUUGAAAUUUGAUGAUAAAUUGGAUGAUGAACUCAUUGAUGAGUUGAGACGCAAUUUAUUAGAAUAUGUGGGUAUAGAUGAUAUACCCAAAAUACAGGAACCAUCAACACACAAUCUAAUCUUUAUCAAGGGUUUUGAUGUUGACAAACAAAAAUUAUUAGGUUUAGGUCACAAAAUCAUCACGCCAUUACAAACAAUUGACGAGUUAAAAGUGAUCUUAUCUGAGCUUCUUGGUCUUUCGGAUACAAUCCAAUUUCGUGAAGAGAUUAAUAUGGGGAACUCACUGGAUAUUCCCGAUGGUUGCCAGUUCUGUACUGCAGAAAUUUCAACAGGAGAUAUAGUAUCUUUUGAAAUACCAGGUUCCAGCAACGUGCCUGAUGAUGUUUUCCCAUUUCAUCCUACCAUUGGUGAGUUCUAUACCUAUCUCGAACACAGAAUAAAACUAAGGUUUAGCAAGGCCGCGUAUUCUGGUGAGGAGUAUGUUGCAAAGGACUCCCCAAGCAAAACGUUCGAGAUAUGGGUAUGUGCGUAUAUUGCAUAUGCGGAUCUGGCCAGAAUUGUUGGGCAGUUCAUAGAGGUUGAUGCGGCUUACCUGAAACUUUUUGCGCUUUACAGUAACGGUCGCUACGCUUUGAAAUCGAAUUCAAUUUUGAAUGAGUUUUUGAUCAAAGAUUUCAAUUGCUACAUGAUUCCUCCGUUUGAGUACGAGGUUUUAUCUAUUCCUUUGGUAGAAUUUGAACAUUUACGUCCCAUUAAGUUUUAUUGGUUGAGCAACAGCUACAUUCACUUCCAGUGUUUUGAGUUCGAGAUUCCUGUCAUGUGCUCCGUAGACCAGUUUCUAAAGAAAUUACAAGCAAAACUUUCCCUAUCAAAUGAGGAUAAAGAUAACGUUUUACUUUGGACAAAUAACAAUUUUAAAUUUCAGUCAGUCCUAGAACCCGAUACUGCGUUCAAACAAAUCCCAAAAUCAAGUUUAAUAUUUGGUCGUAUCCUUCCUGCUGAGCUGGCCAUCCACCAACAAAUUACCGGCGCAAAUCGAACAGAUUCUGAUAAUGACCGUGAUGGUUUGGCAUCACCUGACCAGGACGCUAGUUUAAGUAGUGGCUCGCUACAAAGUAACCAAGUAGGUAAACUAGUUGUUGUGACACAGUUCUUUAAGGAUUUAGAAAACCGACAUGGUAUUUCAUUUCUGUUUAAUCUGGUUCCUGGAGAACACUUCCCAGAAACAAAGGAAAGACUGCACAAUAAAUUCGGUUUGGGGCAGAAAGAGUUUGCAAAGAUCAAACUGUCUGUAAUUUUAGUUUCCGGUCAUAGAACAUCCGUCAAGCCAUUGACUGGUGCGUACACACCUGAGGAAUUAAAAAGAAUUGUUCUUUAUGACAAGAUGAACAACUGGGAUGGUAUUCUUAUGGACCACCCAGAUAGGUUGAGGUCGCACGCAGGCGGGGAUCGACCAAUGUUUAUUAAAAACUGA